GAAACGCGAAAACGCAUGACCUUUGACUUUGACCCGCGGCACGGCGGCAGUCAAUUCUUCUGAUUUUCUCGUCCAUUCCCCAACUCCCACAUCAGAAUCUCGUCAUGCGCUCGACCCACCUCGUCGGCGGCGACCUUGCUUCGGCCUCGGCGCCCUCGGCGUUGGGUGACCACUCCGACCGUGUGUUCAGGGCGCUGGCGGUCGCCUCCCUCUACAUCCUUAUCCGCCGGUGGCGCGCCGGCGGGGUCGGCCUCAGUGAGCGGCCGGCGCCGGCGGAGAUCGCUGCCGCGGCUGCGCUCUGCACCUCCGUGGCGUGGCUGUACGUGCUCCCCGCCCUUGGUCUCCGCCGGAGCACGCACCGACGUCGGCACCAAGAUUAGUUGACCAGUGGCUGUUGUCGCGUUGCUGGUAACGAUCCCUAUUCUUCCUCUUUUUUAAGGUUUGGAAUCCAAUUUGCCAAAUGUAGCCUGAGGAAAUGUAUGUGUAAGUACGGAUCUAAUGGUCCAAUCCAAGAUUAGGAUGAUCCCAACUGUUCAAUGAUUUUGCUGGUUCAUAUGUCAGUGUAUAGACAUGGUAACCUCAAGCAGUCAAGCCAGUUACCUUGACAAAAGAGAAAUUCUCAAGGUUGUUUAUUAAUCUCCUGCUUUUCUUCAAGUGAUUGUUUCUAACUUACAGUUGAAACACUUUGCCUGGGACCUUUUAAGUCGCUAAACAGUCUCAACUCUCAUCUCAAGACAACUUACACAGGUAGCCUAAGCCCAUUCAAGAGCGUCUGCUUCCACACCCUUGUCAUGUAAAGCGACACCUAGUUGUUCACAAUUUACUACAAAAAAAGUAUUAUAAACAUGGCUAUUUGAUACUUCAUAUCUCGCUGGUAGAUGGUUCAAUCACAAUGUGAUUUCGCGAAUUACUUAGACGCCAUGCUUCCAUGCCUCACCCUGUUAUUCUGUUCCACUUGAUUCUGAUAUAACUGAAGUUUCCAAUGCCACCUAUUCCCAAGCACUUACUCGGUUCACAGGAGGAAUAUAUAUAGGUGCUGUGGUUUUGCAAAGUUUCAGGAAAAGUAAAGCAUGCUUGGUUGUGCUACUGACCCUUUCUUUUCUUGCUUCAAAUUAGUGGUUUUGGAAGUUCUACUUUAAAUGAAAGCCAACCCUUUCUACUGGUCUGUUUAAACCUUGGUCAAUCAUGAUAUAUGCCACAUAUUAAGGGAACUAAACAUGGUCUACAUUCUAGAUAUAAGGCACAUACAAACAGGGUAGCUACAUCCUUUUGCUUGGAGAGUGCACCUUCGCUGUCUAAGCUUGUGCUGCGAGUCUUCAAAAUCUGAGAAGUUCAAAUUCAUGCCCUAAACUUGUGAACUGUACAUAGCAGCUGUUUUGGUAUGAAAUAGUAAUGCCAAUUUGUGGAUAACUGAUUUCUUAAAUUCUUGUUUUUGGGUAACAAAAUCAAUUAGUGCUGUGGUGAUCUCACUACGGCCACGAGCAAACAUACUUGCAUCACUCAACAUCCUCUUGGUGUUGUGCUGGCUGGGUCAAGCGGUGGAAGCCCUCCUUGUGAUGGCUUUGGUGUGCUCCUCAUCUUCAGAGACUGCCACAACAGUGGAUCCUUUGAUCAGCAAUUGAAUCAAUACUAAUUGUGGGAUCCUAUUGGCCAGUUAUCCUUUGAUUUUAUCGUCCUUUGGGUUUAUUUGUUAUAGAUAUACUUGAUGCUGCUGUUACUGUAAUGUACUAUGUUGUUUAAACAAACAUCCAUGUUCAACUGUCCCUGCGACCAUCUUGCACCAGAUGGAGGGACACUAGUAUUGGUUCAUUGGUACCAUCCUGAAAUAAUCAGCCGCAUGACUACCAGUGAUUUUUGGAUUGAUCUUAAAAUUAUGCCAGAAUGCAUGACUAUAAGGGAUUGCUUGUUUUUCAGCUUAUGUGAGUUUGCAUGAUACUAAGUUUCCUAUUAUGUCUUGCGCCACAAAUGUAUAACUGGAUGAAGAGUUUCUGGUAGUAAGUCCAGACAUACCAGAUUGAACAAAGCUAUCAUU